UUAAUCAAUGAAUUCAGCCUUUUUCGAUUAAUACAAUUUUGUAUUCAGGUUGGGUAAUGUCUUUAAGAAUAAGCUACACUUGCAUUUUUAAAAGAUGAAAUUAACAUCUUACGACUCGUUCCCGCAGCCCAUCGACAAGUAAGUAUCUACACAGGGCUGCAUGGUACAAAAGCAUAUUGAUAUUUAAAAUCACAAAACACUUGCAGCAGGUGGCUGUGAAGCUCUUUGAACCCCGCAUCAAAUACUUUAAUUGAAGGGCUUAUGUGCCCCUGGUGCAAUUACAAUAGAAUGGUGAGAUGUUAACAUAUGUUUUACAUUUUGGACACUUAGAACAUGACAACACAGAAUUUGUUAAUGCCACACCGUUACAGCAUCCUGUACCAAUAAAACUGAUUGUACAUGUAUCAUUUUAUGAACUCCAAAGCAAUUAAUUGUAGAAAUUUGUUUACACCAUCAGGAGAAGCAGAUUGAGGUCCAUUAAAUGACGUCCAUGCACACGCUAGCAAAAAAAAAUUAUGCAGACCCCACCUCAGACCAACUUGGAAAUUAUGUACCAUACGCUGCAAAGACAAGCAGCUAGUGUCACUGUUAGGACUUGUCCCCCAAGUAUUGUACCAUAUAUGCUGUUUAAAAGAUAGCAUAUAGGAAAAAUUGAAAAACAAAAGUGCAAUUCAAACAUUACAGUAAAAUAUUUGUAUAGCAUCAUGGUUGCUUUAAUCUAAGCCAAACAUUAACAAAGUUAUUUCAACAAAAUACGACUACGUUAGACAAGGAUUCACGUUUGUUAGUUUCUGUGGACAAUUUCAUUUUUUUUCAGGCAACUUAGUAGUACAGGAGCAUCUGCAGUACAAUGAACAUCUACAACUUCGUUCCCCGUAACCCAUCAAGAAACAUAAAUUACUACACAGAACCCCACGAUAUACCAAAGCAUUUUGAUAUUUAAAUUCACAAAAUAUACGCACCAGAUGGCUAUGAAGCUUUUCGGGUCAUGCAUGAAAUACUUUGAGGAAAUUAUAUUUUCCAGCAACAAUUACAUUGGAAUAAUGAGAACUUCAAAUAUGCCAUAAAUGUUGGUAUUUUUAGAACAUAAAAAAAAGAAUUUUGUUAAUGUCGCAUCUCCACCGCAUCCUGUACUGGUCUUACUGAAUGUAUUAAUUUGUAAAGUGCAAAGCAAUUAAUGUUUGGAUGUUUCUUUCAAGCUAUACCAUCGAGAGAAGCGGUUUCUAUUUAAUGAAGGCCAUCCCCUCCCUACUUGACAAAAACUAAGCAGACACCACCAAGCCAACUGGGACAUUAUUUGCCAUGCACUGAAAUGGCCACGUUUAGAAGUAAACUCUGUGAGGAGUUAGUUUUACUAUUAGAUCUUGUCUUUCAAAUUUCAGGAUCCAAAUAUCACAAGAUGUUUAUACGAAUGCAAGGUUCGCAAACCAAAGGAUUGAAUAUUUUAGAGAAUCUUUCUGGCCGACAGCCUUAAUCAUCACAUACAUAUAAAAACGAAACUGUUCCAGAAUAUUCCCCAAAUAUUUUACACCUAUAUUGCGGAUUUUCGGCAGUUGUUGCUAAUGUCCGUAUAUGUCUACGACGUACAAAUUGACCUUUUCCUGGUAAACCUUCAUGCAAUAUUAAAAAAUAUAUUUUUCAUCAUUUCAAUAUGGUUUUCCAGCAAUAACUGCUGCUGUGCACAAUAUUUGAUGAUGACGGACAUGUGAGAACUACAUCUUAAAAGAAGGUCUACGAGUAUCCCUUCAUUAUGUCACAAUUUUUGUCCACAGGGGCAACCUAUACAUCUACAUGUGUGGAACUUCAAAGGUCAAAUUUCCUUUGAUUAAAGGCACGAAUUAGUACGAACUAGUUACAUGAAUAUGCACUGAAUUCAGCUCAUACAAAAUCUGAAGUCUGAAGUCAGGCUUCCAGAGCCGUUCCGAACAACUGCAGCAGUCUAUCUGUUGAUACCCUGCCCGGGUAGUUGCUCUUAAUUGUUUUACAUGAUGCACAUUUUAACGUUUAUUUCUACGAAAUCACAUUUCGUCGCAACUCUGGAACUGUAGUUUAAACUUGGUGUACUGUACCUUUGUUAAUUGGCAACACAUUAACUACCCUCACCCCAGGGUAUAGCCUCAGCAAAAAGGCGGCUGUGGGGAGAUCGCUAACAACACCCAUCCAGUUACUGACUUGGCAGCCAAUUCUACAGUCUGCAAAAUAAUACUUUCACCACCAACCCCAAAGUAAAAGAGUCAAUCACGACAGUUUUGGAAAUGGCGCAAGAUCUACAAGAGAAUCGGCGGAGUAAGCGGCGCGGGUAUUGGUGUCUGCAAGACGGUGGUCGAAUUGGCUGGUCGGCGGUGCUCACCUUGUGGGUGACAUGGUUCACCUGGGACACCUUAAUCAAAUGUCUGGCCAUCAUGCUGCCUACUCUCACGGUACAGCUGCAAACUCGAACCUGGGUGCUCGGAUGGAUAGUCACUAUGGUGGACAGCUGUGCAGAGGGGAUGGGAACCCUUGCGUAUCCCCUGUCUAGAUGCUUUAGCUCUGGUUGUAUUCUUCUGGUAUGUGGACUUAUGGUUGGAGGUGGAAUCAUCGCUUCCUCAUUUGUCACAAGUCCGAUCCAGCUUGGUAUCAUUUUACUGAUAACCGCAAGUCUCGGCAUUAGUGUAGCCAGCAAUCUGACUCGGAAAAUGAUCGGGGCAAACUUCAGCAAGCAGUACGUGAUGGCCAACGGCUGGGCCCAGACAGGUGACUCCUUUGCGUUAAUUUGCAUCCCACCAUUUACCCAACUUUGCCUCACCACCUUCGGCUGGAGAGGCAACCUGCAGAUCAUAGGCGCUAUCUGUCUACACCUUGCCGCGUGUGGGGUCCUUUUAAAAAGAUACGAGGAACCAGUUGACGAAGGCGAGCCCGAAUCACUGCCGCUGUUGCCUUUCGCGAGGAAUCCCCCUGAUCGCACUGAGUCGAAACCGCUGGAUGAACUCAAGAGUUCGAACAUGAAGCUACUUAAAAACCACUUGUACUGGGUCACGACGUUAAUUGCUGGAGGCACCCACAUUGCCAUGUGUCUGUGGCGCAUAUACUUUGUGCCCCACGCUAUUGUCAAAGGCGUGGCUGAACAAGACGCGGCUCUGGUUGUUACCCUGGUAGGCACUGCCACCCUUGUCCUGAAAAUUCUACAUGGCCCCAUCGUGGACAGAGAUAUCAUGAGCAGUCGGACUUUGCUGAGCAUCACGUCGCUCAUCGCAACCACGGGCCUGAUAAUCGACCCAUGGAUGAAUUCCUACUGGCAGAUAGUGUUCUGCGGGAUAAUGGUUCUCCCCUUUCAGGGAAUUUCCUGUAACCUGUCUGACGUCAUAACGAAGGAGUUACUAGGAGCAAACCAACUGGUCAAUGCCUUUGGCUGUGUAGGAUUAAAAACUGCAGCAUUACGAGUUGCUAUAGGCUUCGCUCCAGAAUGUAUCGACAGUAUUGGGCGCAGCGGCUUCACGUGCGCUGGGUACAAGGAUUGA